AUGUCUGCGCCAGCGUCUGAUACUGCCUUUGCGCAGCCUCAGAAGCAGCAUGAUGCGGCUAAGCAGCGCAGACCACCCCUCGGCUUCAACGGCAGGGCCAGGCUCAGCCCAGCCUCCCACACGAACCGUGACGACAUGUCUCCCACUUCAUUUGCCUUUGCCUGGGAUCCGAUUGUCAUGCCAGUUGGCACAGACCUGUCGAGUGUCGAGGCAGAAACAGAUGGCACGCGCCAAUGGCCACUCAGUCCUGGUCGAUCUGCCCCGUGCCUUGAAACCCGGCAACCCGCAGCUUUCAGAGAUAUCCCGGCCAACCUACAUGUUCAAAAAUCCAUGCCUCGGCCGGGUCUAGCCAGCAGCGUUCAAGCCCACCAUGGUCGACAUGGCUCUAGCAUGGCUGUCUCUCACAGCGACUGCUCCAAGGUGUUCCCUAGCAAAUCAGUUGGAUGUUGUGGCCCAAGUGUCGAUGACUCUCUGUAG